AAGGUUUUUUCCACAUCAUUCACAGUGCUGUGAUAGCAACCCAGAGGUUAAAGCCACAGCAAUACUAUUUAUAAUCAGCUACAAUGUAGUUUCUACAGAUCUCAGACUGAUUUUUACUUCCUUAAAAGGCUGCGUCAGAGCAAUGACAAAACCAAACCAGAGAAGCUCAAGCUUCCUUUCAUUAUUACGUUAGAGGACAUUGCUGCUUCUGAAUAUUAAAGGGACUACUGCAGAACAAAUAUUAUGCAGUUAAGUGAACUAACCAGGAAAUCAUUUCAUGUUAAUAUUUAACUGAUUUCACAUGACAUGUCGACAUAAGGAACAAAAUGAAGGACUUAGCCUGAAUUUUCCACGAAGGACAAUGGAUUACACAUGAGAUUUCUUUAUUAAAUUCUGCUGCAAAUAUCUGGCUUCUCUUGUACAAGAAAGCUUGCCUAUUCAAGCCUUGUGCAGAAAGGAGGGAAUUUCAACCUGACCAUAAUGCUCUACUUGCCUUUAAAUGCCUGCGUGUUCAGUGCAUACUGAAGAGUACUGCUGACUGAUGCACAGUUAGGGCAUAAAGCAAAAUGGAUGAAUCUUCCGUCUAGUGUUCCAGAAAAUGGAUUAAUGUGCUGAAGGGGAAAAAUAAGACAUUCUUCCAGCUUGAAAUCCUGAGCUCUUUAGAUAAGGAUUAAUGACUUUGGGAGACUGGACUGCUGUAAUGUCAUGCUUAUGAUCUGAGGUAAUUUGAAGUAUGUUUAAUUGAACUAUGGUCAGAAGAAAGUUUCUAGAGAGCAAAAAAUGAACCAACUUGAUGCAACAAAAUCAGGAUUUUUAAUGUGCAUUGGACUCUGUAUUUUCAUCUUCACUUUUAUCUAUGUAAGAAACACAUUUUCUAAAGAACCAAGUGAACAAAAAUCCUUCCCAGAUACAGCAGAAUGUGGUGUUUAUCCAGAUGAGCUUUGUUCAGCGCUUUUUGAGGGGAAAAGUGCAGCACCUCAAAUUGGAAAUUUUUGUCAGAUGAUUCACCAACCUGAAAUGCCUGACUGCAUACGGACUCCAUGCAAUUGCUCUACAGUCUUGAAGACUCUGCAUUUUAUAACAAGACCACUGUCUGAAGAAGAAGGAAACUUCUCCUUGGCAUAUAUCAUCACAAUUCAUAAGGAGUUAGAAAUGUUUGUGAAGCUACUCAGAGCCAUUUAUCUGCCUCAGAAUGUAUACUGCAUACACAUAGAUGAAAAGUCACCACGGUAUUAUAAAAUCGCAGUGCAAACACUAGUUAACUGCUUUGAAAACAUUUUUAUUUCAUCAAAAAGAGAAAAUGUUGUUUAUGCAGGAUUUUCAAGAUUACAAGCGGAUAUUAAUUGUAUGAAGGAUUUAGUUAAUGCUAAAACUCAAUGGAAUUAUGUUAUUAAUUUGUGUGGCCAGGAUUAUCCCAUCAAAACGAACAAAGAAAUUAUACAGUACAUCAAAAGUAAAUGGAAUGAUAAAAAUAUGACUCCUGGGGUGGUCCAACCUCCUCAUAUGAGACAUAGGACGCAUCUUAGUUACAAAGAAUAUGUACAUUCAGGAACAUCCUACGUGUAUCCAACCAAGAAUAUGAAAGAUGAUCCUCCACAUAACUUAACUAUAUAUUUUGGUACUGCUUACUAUGUACUCACUAGAAAGUUUGUGGAGUUUACACUGACUGACGUACGUGCAAAAGAUUUGCUUGAAUGGUCAAAAGACACAUACAGUCCAGAUGAGCACUACUGGGUCACACUGAAUCGUUUAAGUGAUGCUCCAGCUGCUACACCAAAUGCACAGUGGGAAGGAAAUAUACGAGCUAUUAAAUGGAAAGAUCAAGAAGGAGUUGCACAUAAUGGCUGCAAAGGUCAUUACAUCCGAGAUAUUUGUGUCUAUGGACUGGGAGAUUUACAAUGGAUCAUUGAAUCACCUAAUUUAUUUGCCAACAAGUUUGAGCCUACAACAUAUCCACUUGUUAUGGACUGCCUAGAGAGACGCUAUAGGCUUAAAGUACUGCAGCAAGCUGAAGUCCCACUAGAAGCCCACUGGCAUUUUCAGGAAAGUAACUAUUUUAACAUGAAGUUGAAUGUCUGAGCCUACUGAACAUCUAAAAUAUUGAGGGGAAAGAAUGGGAAGAAAUUAACAUGUCUUUUAACAAGUGCAGAGUUCUCUAUGUAAAUUAUAUUUAGGGAAGGUGAUAUUAUCAAUCCAGCUCCUGUUCUGUUGUUCACCAACUACCAUCUCUGGGAACUACAAACUGUAAGAAAGUUCCUAACCAUGUUAAGAAACCCUUAAUUACUGAGUAGAGUAGAACCACUAUUACUUCAGUACAGACUUCUUUUGAGAAAGUUCUGAAGAAUAUGGACAAAAAGAUCAGAAGACAAAUUUUUAAUAAGGGAAGAAGUGGCUUUUCCCCCUACACCUGAAUAAACUACCAUAUGAUUACAUAUGAGACUUAUCAAAGAGAAGCAGAAAAUUCAAGCUACUCCUUAAAAUGAUUCAUUCAAUGGGGAAAUCAUUGUUCUAUAUGUCCCUGAAGAAAGCACCAUUCAAGUUGCUGAAACAGAAUAUAAGAAGCACAGACUGAACAAAGACAAAAUAUUAAGAUUUUAAAGUUAAAGUGGUCUCUAACUAUAUCUAGUAAGUAACUUAUUUUGAAUCAAGGGAGAUGAUUAUGUACAGUAGUCUUAAAGGGACAGUGUAGGUUGAAAACAUUCACGGAGUUGUUUUUUUAACCUAAGAGAGUUACAAGUAACGCCUAAAUUUCUAAAACAAAGUCAAGUGUCAAGUGAUAUGUAUACAUAUACAUACACACACGUGCUAUUUUCUCAGUUUAUUUUGUGUAUUUGUCAGCACUUUGUAUAUAGUGAAUUCCACUGGUUUUGUUGAUGGCCUGUUGCACUUCCUGGCUCAUGCACUAGCAUGGCAACAUCACUUAUGCACUGCUCUGGUGGAAGCUUACAUGCAUAUUUUUCACUGGAGGGUAUUUAUCAGUAGCAGAACUGCUGUUAGUUGAGUUUGGAGCUGGGGGUGCACUCUUUUCCUGAGAUCUCUGAAUGGAACUGGAAAACAAUGGGAGCAGGGACAGGGCAAGAAGGUACAAACAGUACCUGGGGUUUGGGAGCAACUGAAAACUGGGCAACAGGCCCAUACUUCCAUUCCACAGGGUAUGUGCCUGCGGAUAUAUGCAGGCAGCCCAAUUCUUUCCAACACCUAAACAUAGCUGUAGAGUUCAGAGAAUAUCUAGCCACAUAUGGACAUGCACACCACCUCCAAAUCCAUUUGUGGACUAAAGGAAGCACUGUUCUGCAUCUGGAAGGUGGUGUCCCCAUCCAGACCCUAUGAACAACCAAUAAACAGAGGCAGUAGCGCAAGGAUUCCACAUAGUUUUGGGCAAGGACUUGUCUUCACUUCCUGGGACUCCUCUACUGGUUCUGGGGAACAAAGCAGUUCUUCUCUCCUUAAGCCCCUCCUGGCAGGCCUUACCUCAAUCCUGCGCUGAAAUGACCAGGAGUAUGGGGCACAAGUCUGUUUGGGUGUGUUGGUGUUCUCAGGCCAGCCCAUUCUCCCUUGAGCAAGAAAUCCACAUCAGCAGAAGAAAAAAACAAUUCAGACUAUGUCACUGAUGAAAGGGAUCUCUUGGAGAAACUUCCAUUUUUUUAGGCCACUUAAAAAAAUCCAAGUCAUCAGUGUCCCCGGAAAAAAAUGUGUGCAGUGGCACCUCAGUCCCAUGACCCCAAAUACACUCCUACAUUACCUAGAAGUGAACUUUGACCUCAUAAAAUACAUACUAUUAUUUACACAUUGCACAUCUAGAGACUUCCAUCUAGAUACUAUUUUUUUUUCUAUGGCUGCCAAUGGGUCCUGCUUCUUGAAAAUUUUAGAGGCAUUCAAUAGACCUUUGCUGUGCUCUGCUAUUUAUUUAUGUAUGGUAUUUAAUGGACUUCUGCCAUGCUUUGCCAAGCACUUUUAAAAUCAUCUGAUACCACUCUCUGGAGUUCCUUUUUCACUCGUCUCAGUCUCCCCAUAUUAUUUCUCUGGGGAGUUUAUAGGGGCUGCCUUAAAUUUAACCCAUUCUCUAGCAUGGUACUAAUUUCUUCAUAUUUAAAUUCUGAAACCCUUUUAAUGCCAUUUCCCUAAAUGCUAGCUUAUGACCCCCACACUAAGGGGUGUAUACAUUACAUACUCUAGACGAGCGGAUCCAAGUUAUGGCACUACUAUUUUGGGGUUCCCCCAAGAACUCAGUUCAACUCCAGUCUCGUCACUUAGCUUCCUUUGUCAGGCAUACAGCAAAGUUGCGCUGAGUUGAUCAGACUCAAGUGUCAGGGGUGGAUAUAUGGCACACAUCCAAAGUUACCCAGCAUACCUCUUCUUUUAUUUAAAUUUACCCAUUUGCACUGCAUCAUACAUUUUGGGGUUGGCUCUGUGACUUUGAAAGAACAAACCCCUAUACAGCAUGCACUGUCCAAACACUACUGACUUUUUACCUCAUUUUCUAUUCCAGGCUUACCUUAUCCAUUAUGACCUUGUCCAUUGUAAAUGGUUCCCUGGGUGUCCAGACAUUCUGUUUCCAGCUUGAUGAUCCAUUUACCUCCCUAAUCCUGUCUCUCAACAAAUAAGGCCUCACGCAUGUCCAAUUACUCAUGUCAAGUCAGACCUAUACCUGUGAGGUAGCAAAGUAUUAUUCCCCCCUUUCCAGAUGCAAAAACUGAGCCACAGAGAGGGUAAGUGACUUACCUAAGGCCACAGUGAUUUCCCUUCCUGAGGUUGAGUUUGGAGCUGAGCCAUACUAUUGAAUGGUUUCUUGGCAGCAUGGUUUAUUUGAAAAGAACUUUAACAUAAGCACUGAGCGUCUGUUUCCCUAUUUAUUUAGCAAAUCAAGAAAUUCAAACUCUGCCUCCAUAAUUAUCCAUGGCAUAAAAAAAGAUCAGAAUACAACUUAGUUAUUUAAAAAUACAUUGCAGCAUAAAUCUUAUGAAUUUCAUGGUUUAGAAUCACAGGAUAAACUAGCAAAUGCCUUUUCUCAAGAAAAUUCAAUAGAAGAGCAUUUUUCACUUUGUUUAGACUGAUUGAAAACUAGGGAUUUUUGUCACGUGCAUCAGUCAUAACAAAAUUAGCUUUGAACCAUCUCUUUAAAUACCAUUAUAAAACAUUAGGUGUAUUUAUCUGCUCUGCACAAAGUUUUAGAAAAUAAAAUGUAAUGAUCACAAUCAUUUUGUUAUCAGAGCCACUAUAAAGGACUCACAGUGCAUAGCUUGCAAGUUAACAACCCAAUCUGCCAUCCUUAUUCACAAUGAGAAAUAUCUUUCUACAUAAUUAAUUAAAUUAGUGGUUUACUUGUGUAGCAAGGAAUCAAUUAACAUGUGUAUGGAUAGCAGAAUCUGGCCCUAACAGAAUAAAACAGAGAAAAAAGAUUUAGUUUACAGCUGACAUAUGUACAUAAAAAAGCCUCGUUAAAAUAGUAUUAAGGUACGAUUUAAGAAUGGACAAGCCAAGAAGUUCAGAGUCAAGCCUGAUCCUUCCUUAAAUGGCUCUUCUAUAUUUUAAUAUAGUUUAAAUGCAAAAUUCUCCAUAUAAAAAUUUGGGGGGAGGGCAAGAAGUCAUCUAAUGUCGACACAAUGGGGCAGUUUAAAAAAAAACAUUUCAUCCCUAACUCUCAAUUGGCACAAUCUCGUUAAAGUAAAAGCCUUAACAGUAUUUUAACUGAGUGUUUUCAACCACAAUUUUAAAACAAGUCAUUAAUGUGACUGGGAGCUGAGAACAGCAUUAACAUAUAUUUACGGAAAUUUAUGAAAUGCACAUUAUUGUUUACCAGCAAAUUGUUCAGGGUUGUUUUAGUCUCAUGUCAAUCUGCAUUUACUGACUUUUAAAAACUGUUGACUCAAUAAACUUCAAUCUAUCAUGUCAAUCUGAUUAUGUACAAGGAAACAGUAUGCUGUAUAAUGUAUCAGAGAUGCACUGAUUCUAUGGAUGAAAGGCAUUUGAAACACUUCUGAAAGUUGUUGCACAUGUGCAACAGCUGUGUUUUCAAGAUAAGCAUAUUUGUGUAUGUUUAAAAGGCAUUAUUUCAAAUAAAGUACUAUAUCAAGAGUGUAUUAAAAUUUGUUGAAAAUGAAACAUUUUCAAAAUAAAAUGUUAAAGAAAUGCAAAA